AUGGCACUGGCAUUGGAACUCCAGGAUUUCAAGUCAUCCGCAGAAAGCGGACGUGGACUUGCAAGAACGUCUGGAAGGUCGUUGACGUGGAUCAGCACUGGUCCCAGGACGGAGCCUUGGGGAACUCCAAUGGAGACCGGCACUGGAGAAGCAUGCAUGCACUACAACGGGUUCUUCCUCCGGAAGCAGGCCGAUACUCUUAUAUGUAAUACUACAGCUCUAACCCUAACACAUGCUAAGCGCCCCGUUGAGUUUUCUAGGAGUGAACUGGACACUGUCAUGAACCUUCAAACGCAGCUCCUCGUCUUGCUUCAUACUUCAAAGAGGCUGGGGGAAUUUGAUGGGCGAAAUAUUCAAGCAUUUGUACGUACACUGACCCGGAUCAUUGAUUAUCGGACUCGAAGUUCUGCGCCCUUACUGACUGCUGUCAAUGAGAAUGAACUCAAACAACUGACUCCUAUAUGUUCUAAGCCUACAGGUGGCAUGUAA